AGCUAAUACAAGCACUGGACCAAGCAACCCUAAUGGCUAAACAACUCCCCACCAUCUCUGAUUCUUCCCAACUCCUCCAAAUCUACUCUUCCCUUCACUCUGCUCACCACCACCUUUCCCUUUUCCUAUCCCUAUCCCACCACCCACCCCCUCAACAACCCCAUCUCCUCCCUACACCACCACCACCUCCCGUGCCUGAAAACUCUGUCUCCUCCGCCGUAGGCGGUGGUGAUGAGAAUGAUACUGAUGAACCUAUGCAAGUGGGGGAUGAGGAGGUUGAUGAUGUGAAUGAAACAGAGCAGAAUUCUCUUGAUAGAGUUGAGGAGAGGAUGAGGGAUUGUUUCAUUCAGAAUAAGAGACCCAAAAGACCCCUUUCGCCGGCGUCAGCUGCGACUGAGCAGCAGCGGCGGAGCUACCACAAUGACGGCGGCCUCCCUGCUCUGGAAUUUGAUCCUCAUGGGACUAGGUUGAGGUCCUUGGACCUUAUUUAUCAGUUUCAUUCUUGAAUAAACUGCGUAAAGAAUUUCAUUCUUUUUAUUUGAGAAUAUAGCUACUUAUUAGAGUGGAUAUAUUAUUGUUUUUUAGAAUGUAUUUUCAUGAUCUCGAUUGAGAUAAUCUAUACCAUUUUCCCCCAUUCGGAUUAUGAACUGAUUUUUUGCU